AUGGCGGAUGAGAAAUUCCGUCGACCCAAGUGGUGUACCGCACCGCGGAGUCCCGAGAGACACAAGCAGCUGGUGCGUGCUGUGGGUGGCGAGGCUGAGCGCAGCUGGGAGAUCUUGGAGAAGUCUGUCUACACCGUGGGGCGCCACGAAUCUGCAGAUUUCCAACUGCAGGGGGAGUUGGUCUCCAGAAUACACGCAGCUGUGCUUCAGGAUGUGGAAGGCCAGCGAUAUUUGGUGGAUCUGAAGAGCACUCACGGCACCUUUUUGGAAUCCAAACGCCUGAAGCCGAACGAGCCGGCGAAGUGGCCGGAAGGGCAACUGGCGUCCUUCGGCUUCGGUCCCAAGGCCGUCUUCCUGGUCCUGGGCGCCGUGGGCUCCGCCGGCGCCGUGGGUGAGCCCUCGGAGCCCUCGGAGCCGGCGGAGAAGCGGCCACGCACCGAGCACAGCGAGGUGGACCCCAUGGCUGCACUCUAUGGAGACCUGCCAGAAGCCAGCAUCAUUGCUGCACCGAAGGUGGUGGAAACCAAGAUGCAGCCUUUGCCAACUCCGACCAAAGAUCCCACCAGAGUGAUCUUUCUGGACAUCGAUGGGGUGUUGAGACCGUUGCAUAGCAGGCAGGACGCGUUUCAAAACACGCGGACCAUCGAAAUCAACGGCGCCCGUGUGCCGCUGCUGGGCAGCUCCGAGGCCAAGGCAGGCGUGGAUUUCUGGCCCAGCGCCAUGCGGGCACUGAGGUUCAUCGUCCAAAAGACCGAAGCGCGGAUCGUUUUGUCGUCGGACUGGCGGAAGCAGGACGUCUUGGUCGAAGGCAUCGGCAGUGCCUUUGAGGAGCACGGCAUCCCAAAGCUGUACAGCUCCACCCCCGACUUGGACCAAGCAACGCCGGGAGUCAUCAAGGCUUUACAUUCGUCCUUUCGGGAGAAGCGAUGUAAAGAGAUCCGGAAGUGGCUGAAACAAAAUCCGAAGAUUACACAUUUCUGUGCUAUUGAUGAUGUGGAUUUGAGCAUGCCGGACAAGGCAGCCCUGAAGUCUGGCCUGCGGGAUACAGAUAUCUUCUUGGAUCCGGACAAGGAGUUUGUGAAAACGAAUCCCAUUGUUGGGCUGACGAUGGAAAUUUCCAAGUUGGUGAUCUGUUACCUGAACGGCACGGAACCUUCUGAGGAGAUUCUGACUGCAGUCUUUGGUGAACCCACCGGAACCAUCACCAAAUUGACGUGA